UAUAGCGGCGGCUUCCAGCAUCCAGCGUCUCUCCCGCUGGCCCCGGCCGCGGCCUUCCCGAGCAGCGCGCGCAGCGGCCCCGCUUCCCCCGUGAAGGCGCCAUGGAGCGGCCGGCUCCCCUGGCCGUGCUGCCCUUCUCGGACCCCGCGCACGCGCUGAGCCUGCUUCGCGGCCUGAGCCAGCUCCGCGCGGAGCGCAAGUUCCUGGACGUGACCCUGGAGGCGGCGGGCGGGCGCGACUUCCCCGCGCACCGCGCCGUGCUGGCGGCCGCCAGCCCCUACUUCCGCGCCAUGUUCGCGGGGCAGCUGCGCGAGAGCCGCGCUGAACGGGUGCGCCUGCACGGCGUGCCGCCCGACAUGCUACAGCUGCUGCUCGACUUCAGCUACACGGGCCGCGUGGCCGUGAGCGGCGACAACGCUGAGCCGCUGCUGCGCGCCGCCGACCUGCUGCAGUUCCCGGCCGUGAAGGAGGCGUGCGGCGCCUUCCUGCAACAGCAGCUCGACCUGGCCAACUGUCUGGACAUGCAGGACUUCGCCGAGGCCUUCAGCUGCGCGGGGCUGGCGAGCGCGGCGCAGCGCUUCAUCCUGCGCCACGUGGGCGAGCUGGGCGCCGAGCAGCUGGAGCGGCUGCCGCUGGCGCGGCUGCUGCGCUACCUGCGCGACGACGGGCUGUGCGUGCCCAAGGAGGAGGCCGCCUACCAGCUGGCCCUGCGCUGGGUGCGCGCAGACCCGCCGCGCCGCGCGGUGCACUGGCCCCAGCUGCUCGAGGCCGUGCGCCUGCCCUUCGUGCGCCGCUUCUACCUGCUGGCUCACGUCGAGGCCGAGCCGCUGGUGGCCCGUUGCCCGCCCUGCCUGCGCCUGCUGCGCGAGGCGCGCGACUUCCAGGCGGCGCGCUACGACCGCCACGACCGCGGGCCCUGCCCCAGGAUGCGCCCGCGCCCCUCCACCGGCCUCGCCGAGAUCCUCGUGCUCGUGGGCGGCUGCGACCAAGACUGCGACGAGCUGGUCACCGUCGACUGCUACAACCCGCAGACGGGCCAGUGGCGCUACCUGGCCGAGUUCCCCGACCACCUGGGCGGGGGCUACAGCAUCGUGGCACUGGGCAACGACAUCUACGUGACGGGUGGUUCCGAUGGCUCCCGGCUCUACGACUGCGUGUGGAGGUACAACUCGAGCGUGAACGAGUGGACAGAGGUGGCACCCAUGCUGAAGGCCCGGGAGUACCACAGCUCCUCCGUGCUGGACGGGCUGCUGUACGUGGUGGCUGCCGACAGCACGGAGCGCUACGACCACACCACCGACUCCUGGGAGGCCCUGCAGCCCAUGACCUAUCCCAUGGACAACUGUUCGACCACGGCCUGCCGCGGCCGCCUCUACGCCAUCGGCUCCCUGGCCGGCAAGGAGACCAUGGUCAUGCAGUGUUACCACCCGGACACGGACCUGUGGUCGCUGGUAGACUGCGGCCAGCUCCCGCCCUGGUCCUUUGCCCCCAAGACGGUCACUCUGAACGGACUCAUGUACUUCAUUAGGGACGACUCGGCUGAGGUGGACGUGUAUAACCCCGCCAAGAACGAGUGGGAUAAGAUCCCGCCUAUGAAUCAGGUGCACGUCGGGGGCAGCCUGGCCGUCCUCGGAGGGAAGCUCUACGUCUCCGGAGGCUAUGACAAUACGUUUGAACUCUCCGACGUGGUGGAGGCCUAUGACCCGGAGACCCGGGCGUGGAGCGUGGUGGGGCGGCUCCCGGAGCCCACCUUCUGGCAUGGCAGCGUCAGCAUCUUCCGCCAGUUCAUGCCCCAGACGCCCUUGGGAGGACGCGGCUUUGAGCUGGACAGUGGCGGCAGUGACAUGGACGUGGGCCGGCCCCGGCCACCACAGAACCCCGCCGAGCUGCACUAGCCCCGGCCUGGCCCGGGGAGGGCCUCAGUGCAGGUAACCCGGCACCUCUGGGGGCUGCAGCCGCUUCCUUCCUGCACAAGGACAGGUUGGGCUCAAUGGGUGCAGCGUGGGUUCAGGGGCCACCGGGCCAGCCAGCAGCUCUGACACCCGGCAGGUUUCUGUGCCUUUAGAGCCUGAGUCGCAGCUGCUGGGGCCCGAGCCCGUCGUGAACGCCCCACCCCUGGCCCAGGAAGAGCAGCCUCCCUGGCAGCACGUCUCUGGCUCCAGCAAGUCCCCUGUCACCUUACCCAUGCAGCGCAUGCCCCUCCUGCAGCCACCACCUGUGCCUACUUGUUCCCCUAUCAGGAGAGGGGGUCCGCUUCUGGAGUACCAGCAGAAGUGGAGGGGUCCUUCCAGAAAUCUGGGAGUGGCCUUGGCCUCACCCUGCCUUCCUCCAGGCCCUGCUGUCCCAGGGCAUCGAGGAGGGCUGCAGUGGGGUGGGGUCCCCAACUCCACAGCCAGUCCUGGACACCUGGCAGGCCAGCUCCCCAAAUGGAGAGGGUCUGCCUGCCAGCCCCCCGCCCCCGCUGGGGUCUCACACCACAACAUCCCUCAAGGGUGAACCUCCCGGGGGGAGCUCAGACAUGGGGGCGCGAGGCCGUGGGUCUGGACGGGGUGUGGCCUUCAAGGGGGCCCAGAGGGACCUACCGAGUGUUUUCUGUCUCUGGUGGACCCGGGCUGAGGCAGGUGCUGGUGUGUCCCCCCCGGGCUUGGGGGCAUCUGAGACCUUCGUCCCAGGCCAGCACAGGAGAGGAUGCAACCUGUAAGUGCAGGGUUGUAGCUUUCCCCUGGGGGAGGCCCUGGGACUUGGUCGCUGCAGCCCAGGCAGGCAGCUGCAGGGCCUUUGCUGCUUCUCCAGGAAGCCUGGGGCAGGGCGGCCUCAGUAGUUGGUUGCAAAGUUUCAAACAUCAUUGGCCUUACCUUCAAAGACGGGGAGGCAGCUAGAAGCAGCAUCUGCUUUGUUUGAGUUUUGUUUGUUUGUUUGUUUUUUGGCUGUGCCAGGGAUCAAACCCGAGCCACAGCAGUGACGCUCUGAGUCCUUAACGGCCAGGCCAUCGGGGAACUCCCAGUUUGGGUUUCCCUCUACCCCAGUGCCGCUUCUGAAGCUCUCUGCAGGUGAGGGAUGCCUUAAGCUCCUAGGAGGCCCGGCUUGUCCAGGCAGGUGGCAGGCGCUCCUCGGAGACCCCAUAACCAGUGUCCCUGGUUUUCUCUGAGGAGUGUGAGCGUUUCGGUAUAUUGGUGGUUUUGUCCCCCCAAGGUCCCCAAAGCAGCCUUUGCCUGAAUUUGUCCUCCUUCCCUUCCCAAGGGGGAGGUGUUUACAUUUCCCCCGUUAGAUACGCGUUCAUUUGUCCUCACCAAGAAGAAAAACGUUCUCAAUCAUCACUGCAUAAAUGGCACCUAAAACCCUUUCAUUGACCAGAAGCCUUGUGGCCUUCCCUGCCUUCCCUCCUGUGUCCCUAGAGAAGCCCUGGUGGGUAUCAUCACUAUCAGGUCAGCGUUUCACUCUGGAACCCUCACUGGAGCAGCCACAGCUCACAGCCAGCCCUUCUGGUCCCUUUGGGUCAUGGCUCACCCGGCCACUCCCAAAUGCCCUGUGUGGCUGGCACGGUGGGAACACAGGGCUUGGGGGGGCGGUGGUACUUACUGCCUUAGACCUUGGCCAGGGUGGGUGCUCUACCCUCUGCUCCCUUGGGCACCCUCCCCCCAGGAUGGUCACAGCCCUGGACACUCCCUCUCCACAGCCUGCACUUCACUUCCCAGGGGUAACCGAGACCUUUUUCUGGCCCAGGUUCCCUCUUAGCAGGCCGAGCCCAUCCAGAGCUUGUCCCCUCCCUGGGGAGGCCGACCCAGGUGCCUUUGCAGGCCUAUGGCUCAUCACCCGAGGGCUGCACGAGAUUGAUGGAGCCCUGAGUAUGUAUGUACCAGUCACCAAGCUCAGCCCCAGACUCCCCUGUAUGGUGAGUGCGACCUGCCACACAGAGCGAUGUGUUACCUGCAGUGACAGGUCACCUGGGGGCUUCCCAGGGGACGGCUCUGGGCCUGGCCCUCGUGGGAAUGAGUCCCUGCGCCUUUGCUGGGCUGUCUGUAGAGGGCCUGGAUGGCCCGAGGAGGUAGGACAGGGCGUGGAGUGGUUACCUGGUCACCAGAGCGCCCCACCUCCCUGCAGGUCAAGGGCGUGGCUUUCCCGCAGAUGCCGACUUACGGGCAGAACUUUCUUGCUGGGCCAAGGGGGCUGCAGACAUUCACGUUUCCCUCAUCUAAACCAGCCUGUGUAGCCCGCUGCGGCGGUUCUGGCCAGAGCCUGGGCCCCGGCCUUUGUCUGCUGUUCCUUGUAUGUUGGUCCUUCACCAGGCCCCACUCUGGCGGCUGCUCAGCUGGUAGUCAGUUGGGUGGGGCCGGUGAGGUUCACGCUCUAGAAAGACGAAGGUCCCCACCACCCAGACCCAUCUUUGGUGGUUGCUCGCUCCUCGUGGGCACAGGUUCUGGGCUCCCAUCACGCACGUGUCUGUGCACCAGACAGGCUGGGCCAGCAGCAGAGGCAUUCUGUUGGAUGGACACAACUUUUUCAGUCUGCGGCAAAAGCUAAGUUAUAAAAAUUCAGUGACUAGUAUUUAAUGCUGAUCUACUGCUAAAAGAUUCUAUAUUUAUAUGACUUCAGAGACUCAUGGACUAGGACACCCUCCCUGCAGUGUCCAAUACCCAGUGCCAGCCCCAGAGGAUGGGGCAGAUGGGCGUAUUUAUUUGUUCGUUCUGUAGGCUUCCAUGUCCAGAAUCCUGUUGAAGGGUUUAGGAUGCCUUCAAUAUGUAACUUUUUGAAAUAAAAAUAUUUCCUAUA